AUAACUAUAUAAUUAUUAUUUUUAUGUUUUAAUAAAUAUAUUUUUUUACUAAACAUUCUAUACAUAUUUAAAUAUGUUAAAAUGAUAUAGUUACAUUUAUAUUAAAAGUUUAAAAAUGAAUAAAACUUGUUCAUUAAGACGUCUGUGUAACUUACAUGAAUAUUUAAUUAAGCAACACCGUGUUAUACGUUACAAAUCAAAUACUUGCAAUGACUUAAAUUCAUUUGUAUUGUAUGAUAAAUUUAUAUGUGAACGUCGGUCUCAGUCCAAAUGCAGUGUCUUAGUGCAGGUUUCUUCAGAAAAUUCAAUUUCUGAUCUAUAUUCAUAUUGCUCCAAAUUUGGUUCAAUAAAAAAUAUAUUUCACUAUCAACUGGCUGGAUCAAAUCAUUUUGUACUUACCGAAUUUGAAGACCAAUCAGCAGUGAAUACGUUGCUUGACCAAAGUACAUAUUAUGUUAAAGAUUCAAAUGUUGUAGCUGUAAGAUCACCAUUUCUUUGGUUUCGUUCAAAUGCAAGUAAAAAAAAUUCAAAAUUAUUAAGUACUGAUGAUAAAUUAAACUUUCCAUUUCAAGCAAAUCAAACAAUGAUAGAGCCAAAUAUAAAAAAUAUUGGACUGGAAAAACUUGAUUCAUUGUCUAAUCAGAUGUUAUUAUUAUUGAAGUGUACACAACUAAAUGAUAUUGGUACAAGAUUGAGGUUUCUAAUAGCAAUGCAAAUUGAAAAUGCACUUAAAGGUAUUUUCCCAUUGACAAAAGUAUUGCCCUUUGGAUCAUCAGUAAAUAGUUUUGGUAAGAUUGGUUCUGACAUUGACUUAGUUAUAAUGGACAGUGAAAUCAAAGAAAAUAAAACUAGUCGAUUGAUUUAUCAUGGGAAAUGUGUGUCAAAUAGUCGGACACAAACUCAACGAAAUGUUGAAAUACUUGGUGAUUUAUUGCAGUUAUUUUUACCUGGUUGUUCAAGAGUAAAACGUAUUUCUCAAGCAAGAGUACCUAUUGUCAAAUAUUCACAAGAUUUUGUUGGUGUUGAAUGUGAUCUAGCAGUUUCUAAUGAGACAGCUGUUAAUAUGUCUGAACUUUUGUACAUUUUUGGUAAUUUUGACUACAGAGUUAGGCCUUUAGUUUUUACCAUAAAAAUGUGGGCCAGAGAGAUCAAUUUAACAAAUGAUACACCAGGGAGAUGGAUAACCAAUUUUUCAUUAACACUAUUAGUGUUAUUUUACUUGCAACAAGAAAAAAUCAUUCCUAAGAUUCAGACGCUAGUAAAGCAAGCCAGUAAUAGUGAUGUUCGAAUUACAAAUGAAGGUAUCAACUGCACGUUCCUUAGAGAUGUAUCAAAACUUCAUAAAGUUGUUGAAAAUAAAAAAACCUUGGACCAACUUUUACUUGGUUUUUUUGAAUAUUAUGCAUCAUUUGAUUUUAAUACAAAUGCAAUAUCACUAAAUUUUGGAAAAACAAUCAAUAAGCCUGAAUAUAGCGCCCUAUACAUUGUCAAUCCAUUAGAAGUACAUUUUAAUGUUAGUAAAAAUGUUAGUUCAGAAGAAAUGGAGAGGUUCAGGAUAGAACUAAGAAAUGCUGCAUGGAUUAUAGAUUCUUCCUUAAUGAAUACAAACUCAUUUAAUAUAUUAGAUCUAUUCAAAGGUUUUGAUGUUAACAAAAAAAAUCAAAUAGUUUUUGAAAUCCAACAUCAAAUAAAAAAUUCAAACAGGUUAGUUACUGUCAAAGAUUUAUUUGAUGAUUCUCAAACACAAGAAGACAAAAGACUGACUUAACAGUUAAAACCCAAACCCAGUGACAGAAAGAUUGUGUUUUUUAAAUAAAAUAAGAAUAUACUAUAAAUUAAAAUAUUA